GCGAUAUUGUUUUCUAGUGUCUCACACGGGAAAGCUGAGAUAUCCCGCGAGACACUCGACAAGCUGUUCGACGGCAUGCUAGUGGUCAAGCAUCAAGAGAUCCACUUGGCACAUCCUCAGCUCUCAGGGGUUCUACAAGACCUCGGGCCUGGCUCCGGCACUGUGGAAGCUAGUACGAGAAUUCUUGUAGCCUGUCUAAAAUAUCUUUCGUCCUCGGAGUUCGGGAAGUGGAAGGAGGGGCCGAAGCGUUGGGCUACCCCUGAGUUGCAGGAUGCUCGAUUUCUGGACACAGAGUUCAACUUCGCGCAGUAUGCGGCACUUUAUCUGGAACAGCACUUUGGGUCGGUAGUGAUCACCGAGGCUAUCAAGUCGCAGGUAAAGGAGAUCCUGACCAAUCCCUUGUCGUAUCGACGCAUUGCCGUUGCCCGGUGGGCUGCAUCAAAUCUCUUCGAACGGCCUGACCGAUGCCACCCCUCUGUGUUGCCGCUCAUGGUAGGCAUGCGACUGCAUACAUGGGUAUUAGAGAAUCCAAGCGCAUUUCCAAAGGACCACACCAACGAUAUGAGCACAGUAGUUUCGGCAGCAUGGGAAGCUGCGCGAUACAGACAAAGGGAUCUGCUGAAGGAGCUACUCGACCAUUAAGAGCGACUCGACUCGGUACGUCUGCUCCUGGAAGCCGGUGUCAAUGUCAAUCAUCAAGGCUCCAAGGGGCAGACACCGUUGCAUGAUGCA